AUGGACGGAAGCAGAGUGUCGGACUUCAGCAUCGAGCGCAUCCUCUCCCCGCAGCUCGGACACAAGCCGCCGGGGACGGACAUUUCACCGGAUGGAUAUCUUCAGGGUCUCCCCGGUGGAUUCUAUCUGGACUCCGGGAACCGACCUCCGGUCCCUCCUGCGCCGGUUCCGGUUCCAGUGCCGAUGCCAGGCUACCUGCAGUACCGAGGGUUGAGAUGUGGAGAGGCGUUCUACCCGUACGGGACCGGUUUCCAUCACACAGACUGCACCUGCAUGUAUUCAAACUCCGGAGUUUACCAGCACUUCAGCAGCCAGGACUCUGCAGAUGCUCAGUCGUUGGCCGGUUAUCAUGGUUACCAUCAGGCCGGGGCGUCCGCGCAGUCGCGUCAGAAGACCCGGAUGAGGACGGUGUUCACCGACAGUCAGACCAGGCAGCUGGAGGCGCUGUUCGAGCUUACGGACUACCCGGCGGUGCAGGCGCGCGCUGAGGUGGCGAGGAGCACCGGGCUGAGCGAGGAGAUCGUCAGGGUGUGGUUUAAGAACCGCAGAGCCAGGAGGAAACGGCAGUGCGGCGAGUCAAAGGUCAGAUCCCCCUCUCCUCCCCGCAGCGCAGGAGCAGAGAAUAAGGUCUUCACCUCCUUCAUCUGAACCCACAGAUUGCCCACCUGCUGCUCAGGGGUCAAACUCCUACUGGACUCAAACUGUGAGGGCCUCGCACCUUCAGGGGUCAAAGGUCAGCUGAUCGCAUCCUGCUCAAGGGCACUUCGGCACGGCAGAUGCUCGCCAUCCUGUUAAAACAACUGACUGCAGCUGCUCCGAUGGCAGCUGGCGAUCUAACGUGACACUAAACUAACCGUAGAUGAUGCAUUCAGGGGGCUGCUGUGAAAGUCAGACACCUGAGACAUUCAA